ACACGUCCAUCAGGGAACAAUUUGGGAUUCAGCCGCUAUGUGGACGAUUCAAACAAGACUCCUUAUUGCUAUUUGUCAGUGCCAGGGCUAGCUAGUUAAAUUUGUAAGAAUGGUGAUAUUAAGUGUAUGAAUUUUGUUAUGUUCUGACAUUUUAUUCGUAUAUUUAGUUUUUCGGUGGUAUACAAGAUGAAUUUAAGGCGACAGAGCGUGACAAUAGCUAGCAGUACUCCGGGCUAGCUGAGUAACACAACUAACGUUCAGGCAGGUCUUUCUGCAAUAUAAUAUGAACAUGGACUAUAUGGUAACAUAUUUUCAAUAUAUUCUAGAAUAUAAAAAAGGGCAUACUUAAUAUAGUAUUUUUGUUUUUGUAUGGCGAAAAGAAGAGCACUGGUUUUUAUACAUGAAAGGCUUCGUCAGUGUCUCCAUGGCCCAAUGAUGCGCCGUCAUUGGCUGCUGGUCGGCGCUUGCGGAUGGGUGCUGCUUAUCCUCAUGUUCGUCAGCAGGUUAAUCAGCUUCAGAAUGCCGGAUGACUAUGGGGGAAGGCCGGUGCUGUUAAACUGGACCUCUCCAUCCGUAAAGACUAUAAAACCUCUAAAUCAGCUUUCACAGAACGCAGCCUCUCAGCCGUCUGUUGCGUAUUCAGGUGGCCCAACUCAGGUGGAGCUGUCAGACUGGGAGUCAGUGACGGCGCUGCGUUUGCAGCUUUUGUCCAGCGUUUGCAGGAACUCCUCACUCUGGAACCUCACACACACUCCUCUGCGCAAGUUCGUCCUCGACCGCAUCUUUGUGUGCGACAAACACCGGAUUCUUUUCUGCCAGACGCCCAAAGUGGGCAACACACAGUGGAAGAAGGUCCUCAUUGUCCUCAAUGGAAAGUUCUCCAAGGUUGAAGACAUACCCGAGAAUGUGGUCCAUGACCACGAGAGAAACGGUUUACUUCGCCUGUCCUCUAUGAGUGACGCAGAGAUCACGGAAAGAUUAAACACAUACUUUAAGUUCUUCAUUGUACGAGACCCAUUUGAGCGCCUCAUAUCAGCCUUCAAGGACAAGUUUGUGGAGAACCCGCGCUUCGAGCCAUGGUACAAGCACAGCAUCGCCCCCGCCAUCAUCCGCAAGUACCGCAAAAGGCACCGCGACGCCUCCGGAAGCGCCGGUCUGCACUUCGAGGACUUCGUGCGCUAUUUGGGUGACGAGACGGGCCGAAAACAUCUCGACCACCAGUUCGGAGAGCACGUCAUCCACUGGUUAACAUACGCCGAACUCUGCGCUCCCUGUGACAUUUCCUAUGAUGUAAUCGGCCAUCAUGAGACUCUCGAGGACGACGUACCGUAUAUCCUUAAAGCUGCUGGAAUUGAGGGCUUGGUAUCGUAUCCCAGCAUCCCUAAAGGCAUAACGCACUACAACCGAACGAAGGUUGAGCACUACUUCUCUGGGAUCAGCAAGAGGGACAUACGACGCCUUUACACUUGCUACCAAGGGGAUUUUAGCCUUUUCGGGUACCACAGACCUGACUUCCUGCUCGACUGAUAUUUGGAUUUAUUAGAGAGUUGUUUUUUUUUGUUGUUGUUUUUUUUUUAUUAGAGGAAGCGGUUCUUCUGUUGCUCUGGUCCUCCUGUAACUUCUGAAAUGAGGCACAUUAAACCCAUACGGUUAUUUAAAUUGUUUACAGAACUGUAAACAACAGAUAAUGAGGUGUGUCCAAGAAUAAAAGUGUCACUUUAAAGUAAAUAACAGCUAUGUACUCUGAACUAAAGAUGACCUUUAUGAGAAGUAGUUACAUUUUUUUAAUUAAUAUUAUUCUUAAUACACUCGUAUUGAAAUGUCAUCCAAAUUUCUGCCUCUCAGACUCUCACUACAGAAAUGGUUGCUUACUAAUAGAAUAAUAAUACUGAGGAUUACCACCAUAGCUGUCUAAUAAACAUUUAAAAAAAAUAAAAUAAAUCUCACACUGAA